AUGGCAUCGACUUGGGAUAUAAUCUCGUCGGUGUUGUUUCUAGGUAUAUUCCUAGGUGUAGUCUUCCUAGCUAUGAAAUUCUCCCAUCUCCUAAACACAUCAACCACCUCCGCUCAAUCAUCUCUCCAAUCCCAGGGAAUCACCUACCAACAAGGUAAGAUGAGUAUCAAGACUGAUCGAGCUGCUCCAACGCGGGACGAAUAUAUCUUAAAUACCCAGGCGGCAUUUGAGAGAGGUGGGAAAAUGAUGAAAGCUCAUAAAGAUGCGUUUUCAUUCAAGAAGGGUGGAGGAGGAGGGAAUGAGGAUGAUCAUGCUAGUGCUAGUGGGGUUGAUUCGAGUGAUAGGAAAGGUUUCAGAAGGACAAAGAAACUCGCUUAG